AUGUCGCUGAGCCGUAUCCCCUAUCUUGAAUGGUUGGAGGGUAACUCUGGCGCGUCGCGUGAGGAUGUGGAUCGGGCUUCUGUCACUGAUUCGGAUGAGGAUGCGUAUCUGGAGCUUCCGGAUGAUUCAAUAGCGUCUUCGUUUUCGUCGUUGAGCUAUGUUCCUAUAAGGCGAUCCACUAAACCAGUUGCAGGAUUGGGAUCAAAUGAGUCUGGAGAGGUUGAAGCAGAGGUUGGUCCACCAGAUUCGGGGACGCGAGAGGGAACAGGCAUAGGAUCAGAAGGCCUGCCUUUGGAUGAACCAGACGGUCUUUUGAAGACGACUGGGGCUUUCGAAGUAUACAGCCACAAGCGAAUAGCCCAGGUCUGCAUUGCGGUAUUAUCCUGCUUCCUGUCAGGAGGGAUCAUAUUUGGAUACGCAGCUAUCAAACCAAUCUUGGUCAAAGAAAGUGUAUACCGAGAUCUAUGCUCACAGGAAGAACUCCAUCAAGGCGUAUCCGUAUGCUAUGGACAAGAUAUCCGUCUGAACAUAAUGUUCACCACAGCAGCCGUCGCAACAAACCUCUCGGCACUCCCAAUAGGCACAAUCCUCGACACCUAUGGCCCACGAGUAUGCGGGCUUAUCAGCAGCAGCCUCCUAACCAUCGGCUCUCUACUUCUGGCAUUUGCCAGAUACAUACCCUUCGACGCAUAUAUUGCAGGAUACCUAUCCCUAGCCCUUGCCGGACCAUUCAUUUACAUCCCCUCAUUCCACCUCUCAAACACAUUUCCCGCGCACUCGGGAUUAAUUCUCACUAUGCUGACAGGGGCGUACGAUGCGUCUACUGCGGUCUUCAUGGCAUUCAACUUGAUUAAUGAGUAUACGGAUGGGUUCUCGACGCAGCGUUUCUUCCUGAUAUAUCUGCUGAUGCCACUCUUCGUACUCACUACGCAAGUCACAAUUAUGCCAGCAACUUCAUACAAAACAGUAGGUGAGCUAGUCCUCCAAACAGAAGCUCAUAUAGCCACAGAAGCAAACCAAACUGUCCGCGAGGUCAACCAUCACCAAGAGACCAUCACCAAGAUUCAAUCAUUCCUCACUUUCCCCAACAGCACACACAGAAUCAUGUCUUCAAUCAAUCGAUGGACACCAGUCCUUCCACAGGACCAGAAUAACCACACACCUCAGACCCAAACACAAACCCACAAAGACCCCAUCCAAGGGACUCUACACAAUCUCUCCGCGCGCGCACAAAUCCUAUCCCCCUAUUUCAUCCUCUAUACACUCUUCACAGCCCUCACUACCCUCCGCAUAAACUACUUCCUCGCUACCAUCCACCACCAAUACACAUCCCUCCUACACUCACCCACUCUAGCAAACUACAUAACCCAAACCCUCACAAUCCUGCUCCCCAUCGGCGGUAUCCUCGCAGCCCCCCUCACAAGCAUAAUCCUAAACAUCCUCCCUACGCCCUCCAUCACACUCAUUCUAGUCAUUAUAGGAUCAACCCUGUGUCUCAUGGACACCAUCUCAAGUCUCCCCGCCGCAUACAUAACCAUCCUCCUUAUAAGCAUCUACCGUCCAUUUUUCUACAGCGCAAGCUCAGACUACGCGGCGCGGGUCUUCGGAUACCGUCAUUUCGGAACGGUGUAUGGGCUUGUUAUUUUUGUCUCUGGGGUUGUGGGGUUCGCGCAGGUUGGGCUGGAUACCCUUGCUUGGAAGGAGGGUGGGGUUGAGGUAGUUGAUUGGUUGUUCACUGGGGUUACGGGUUUUGUGGGAGGGUUGUGGGUGGGUAUUACUUUCUUGGGAGUGCGACGGAUUGUUGAGGGGGAUUUGGAAAGCGCAGAGAGGGAAAGGGAGUCGUUGCUUGUUGACCCAGUUGCUGAGAAUCAGUAUGGAAGUACGGAUUAUCCAUAA